AUGAUGAAAUCCUUAAUCCCAUGCUGGAAGAAAGCCGGCAGUAACAACCACCGCCGGCGUCCGUUCAAGGAGUACCACGAGGAGUGGUUCGAUCUCCUCAAGAACCGGCUCCUCCCCAGCCUCCGCCGCGCCAUGCACGAGUCCUCGGUCGCCCAGCUCUCCACCCACGUCGACAUCCUCCGCCACCACCUCACCUCCUACUACGACGCCCUCGAUCUCUCCGCCGCCUCCGACGACGUCGCCCACCUCCUCCACCCCUCCGCCUGGCGCACCCCUUUCGAGACCCCCUUCCUCUGGCUCAGCGACCUCCACCCCUACCUCUUCACCAACCUCCUCCGCUCCUUCCUCAGCGACGACGACGAGAACGACGAGAACAACGACGUUUUCCAAUCCGCCAACCUCCGAAACCGCUUCCUCUUGAACAACAACAACAACAAUGAUGUGAACGAACUGUUUAACCGGCCGUGGCACAUUGUCAUGGCGUGGAGGAAUCCGCCGGCGAGUCUGAUGGCGCGGAUCGAUCAGAUAGAGUGUGGGGUCCGGCUGAUGGUACCGGCGCUGGCGGAGCGGGCGAGGAAGGCGCAGGAGAGGUUUGUGCAGACGGUUGCAGGAGAUUAUUGGGGUGGAAGGAGGAGGAGGGACAAGGAGGAGGAGGCGGGGAAGGCGGUGGUGGGGAAGGCGGUGAUGGCGGAGAUGGAUGAGAUGGUGGGGGUGUUGGUGGACGCCAACAGGCUGAGGAGAAGUGUUUUGGCUGAGAUAAUUGGGGCCACGAGUGUGUACCAGGCUGCUAUGUUUCUUGAAGGGCUUGCCCAAUUUCUUGUUGGGUUUAGAGAUCCUGAUUUGGUCGCUGAGUUUCAAGCUUGCAAGACCCCUCUUAAUUAG